GUCCAACGCAUCCAUCCUUCGCUUCGCAAAACCACACGCUUGGACUUUGACUCCCGCGCGUCAUCCCGCUUUGCAUCCACGUUUGAAGCAUUCGGCCGCGGGUGCAAAUGUCAUAUGAAAUUCAGAUGUUGUUAAUUACCCACACCGAUCAGCCGUGUUUCUGCGUGAGGUGUCGUAAAAGUGCGUGCCAGAGCAUAACCGCGGCACUAUCUGCUGGCGAAUUUGUUUCACCCUCUCCCCGUGCGAACGCUGUUAAUGCCGUGGUGUAAAACAGUGAUAGCGAUACCAACAAACAGCAGCCGCCAGCACAACAGUACGCAACACCGAUGGCAAGCAAACGAAAACCAAUCCACACGCCAUCUGCCGCCGGAGCAGCGGGCGGCAACGCCGCCCGUCCACAGAUGAACUUCCGCCAGGGGUUAAACGAUACGACCGCACGGGCGGAAGCAAAGGGCACGAGACCGACCGCCACACCGACCUCCAUCCGGGAAGUGCUCACGAUGAUGGUGCUGCACGUGUGCAAAAAGAUCAUCUUCUUCGACACCAGCCUGAAGGUGCCGCUGUACCUUGGCUCUUUGUUCAUCGUGUCCCUGAUUGGGGACUUUCUGCCCUACCCGAAGACAUACCUCGCCCGCACGGACAAUCUGUUCAACGUGUACUUCGUCAAGCUGGGCUGGGCCUGGACGCUGCUGUUUGCCUUCCCCUAUCUGGCCAUGACAUCGAUCACGAUCUGCUGCGGCGACAAUCAGCGGCUAAUCCGGAACCAUCUGCCCCGGCUCGGCAUAGCGACCGUGUUUUGGUUCGUGUGGACGAAGCUGUUCAACGUGAUCGAAUCGAGCUACGGUCGGUGCAGUGUGCGCGGGUUCGAUGCCAAAACGCCCUGCCUGAAGGCGGGCCACCUGUGGAAUGGGUUUGACAUUUCCGGCCAUGCCUUCAUACUGAUCUACUCCAGCCUGGUGCUGAUGGAGGAGGCGCGCCCCAUCAUCGGGUGGGAAAGCAUCAAAGAUUUGCUGCGCAACGAGGAGCACAACCGGAGCAACAACGACAACUCCCAGACGUCCAAUCCGCUCAAGAACCUAAAGGACGAGGAUCUGAAGGCGCUCAAGUACUUCUACAAUCGCUUCACCCCCACGAUUCGGCUGUUCUUCAUCGGCAUGACGAUGCUGCAGCUGCUGUGGGACCUGAUGCUGGUCGGCACGAUGCUGUACCACCAUCGGAUGGUGGAGAAGGUGCUGAGCGGCAUCAUUGCCGUCGUGACGUGGUUCGUGACGUACCGGGCCUGGUACCCGCUACCGACCGUGCUGCCCGAUCCGGUUGGCAAGGGGCUGUUCAACUACCAGUCCAUCAGCAAGCCGGAAAUUGGGCUGCGCCGAAGGGCCAGCUUACUGCAGCCCGGUUCCACUGCAGCGGCCGGAGCCAAUGCGGGUGGCAGCCCCAAAGAAAUACCCAAGUUCAUGGGCAUGCCACUGUACGCCGCAAGGCAGCAAAUGUCUGGCGGAAGCGUUGGUGCAGGUGCAUCGCCGCUGGAAGGUGGUUCGGCCAGCGGACAGCAGGCCGCUUUCGUAAGUAGCCAUCUGUACGGUUCACGCAUUGGUAGCGGUGGCAUUGGCAACAGCAGCAGUAGUGGUGGUGGUGGUGGUGCUGGUGGCGGUAGUAGUGGUAGUUACUAUAGCAACUCCGACUUUAAUCAUCCUUCGUACGCUCGCUAUCGUAGUCGCUUUGAGCGAUUUGAACCGUAGUUGUCUUCUCUGUUUUGCAUAUGUGAUUGCGUGCGUGCAUGCGUGCAACAACGCCACGUGCAUCCUUAUUAAUUUCUGUGUUGUAUGUGGUUCGUGUGCAUAACAUUGGUUGUAUAGCGUCGGAAAAACGGGGGUGGUGGUAAUUCUGUACAUUUGGCAGGUGUGUUCAAUAGUGCUUUGCAGGUUAAAGGCAAUUCGGCUCUUCUUAACCCCUUCUUAUGUGUGGUGAUGGUAAUGUUUUCCGUUGGAAAUUGUCCACGCUGUACAGACACGCACGCUGCUGUGUGGAAUAGAAUUAAGGCGCAUGAACAAAAUUACAACUUUUUCUACCAAUGCACCACACUUUUUCCGAUUUUUUACAGAUCUAAUUUGAUGGAGAUCCACCGACGGCUCUAUGUGUUGACAAUACGGUGCAAUUAAAUCGUUACAUUACUUACGCACGAUGCGAACAAACACGACCCGGAGCGUGUUGAUGGAGAGAUUGAAAGCGUUUUCCUCUCCAACCACCACUUCUUGCCACUACACCAGACAAUCGGUGACGGGGAAGAAUUGACACAUGAGGCUGAGGCAAUGAGGGUGGCGUUUAUGUGUAGCAGAGCUGCAAUGAUUUAUUACUUUUGGCAAUUGUCUAACAGCACGGUCUUGAACUAAAAUUUUCUUUUCUUAUAAAGCUGACCAUAACGUGUAAUCCUCCCUAGGUAGGCGGGAGGAUGAGUUAAACGACUCCUACCGCAAAGGAAGCUGCGUAACACGCGACGGGGUGGUUACAGAUAGUUUAAAGGGGUUUCCAGGGGUUCUCAUUGUUGUGGGACACUUCCUUGACUCUUUCCUAUUGGAAGUGAUCUUUAUCUAAUUGGACUCUAUUUUGCUCAGGCUCCUUGAAAAAUCCUACCAGAUUUGUGAAACAAGGGUGCUAUAGAGCCCAAUUCCCAUUACAUUAAGUUCAUUUCACUUAAGAAAGAGUCAAUAAGGCGUCCCACAGCUAAUGAGCAUACCUGGAAAACCCAGUAUAGGUUUAUUGUGUUCUUUCAUUGAACGUGUCUUUGGUGAUUUGUUUAGUUUGAUACUUUGAUACUCUUACUUAUUAUGAGGCAAGACUUACGUUAAUAUUUAUGUUCAUCCCCCCUUUAUUUCUUAGUUGUAUGUUAAUAUUAUGUUUCUUUUUUGUUGUUAUUGUUGGUAUUACUAUAUCCGUUCUAUUCUGUUUUGUAAAUCUUCGAUCGACCAAAUACAAGUAGGAAACUUAA